UAAUGCCCACUCCUCCACUACUCGUGACGCGUUUCCUUUCCCAUUUUCCACUCUUUACUGCAUCUCAGAAAAUGAUCCGCCUCACUGUCCGGUCUGCGAUCUUUGCACGCGGCUUCGCGACCAGCGCCGCCGCCCGCGCGUCAAAGGUGUACCCCAGCGCCGCUGCCGCCGUCGAGGGCGUCAAGUCGGGCGACACCGUGCUCGCUGGUGGCUUUGGACUGUGUGGCGUGCCCAACACCCUCAUCAACGCGCUCAGCAAGCGUACCGACGUCAAGAACCUCACCGGUGUCUCGAACAACGCCGGUGCUGUUGUCGACGGCGAGACCCGCGGCCUCGGCAAGCUCCUCGAGACCAAGCAGCUGUCCCGCUUGAUUUGCUCCUACAUCGGCACCAACAAGCUCCUCGAGGGCAUGUACCUCACGGGCGAGGUCGAGCUCGAGCUCACUCCCCAGGGCACGCUCGCUGAGAAGAUGCGCGCCGCGGGAGCAGGUAUCCCCGCGUUCUACACCCCCACCGGCUACAACACGCCCGUGCAGCACGCCUCGGUGCCCAAGACGUACACCAAGGACGGCAAGCCGGACCAGUACCCUACGCCGCGUGAGACCCGCGAGUUCGGGGGGCGCGAGUACGUGCUUGAAGAGAGCAUCAAGGGCGACGUAGCCCUCAUCCGCGCGUGGAAGGUCGACGAGGCCGGCAACACUGUGUUCCGGUACACUGCCAACAACUUCUCUAGUGCCAUGGCCAAGAGCGCGCACAUGACCAUUGUCGAGGCUGAGGAGAUUGUGCCUAUCGGCUCGAUCGACCCCAUGCAGGUCCACGUGCCCGGUGUCUACAUCAACCGCAUUGUCAAGGCGACUACCCCGCGCGAGAUCGAGUAUGUCACCACCAAGCCCGAGCCUGGAGCCGACACGGGCGCGUCGCUCGGCAAGGGCGAGGCCCGUGCGCGUCGCGAGAACAUUGUCAAGCGCGCGGCGCAGGAGCUCAAGGACGGCUACUACGCCAACCUCGGCAUCGGCAUGCCCACGCUCAUCCCCGACUUUGUGCCCAAGGACCGCCAGAUCUGGCUCCAGUCCGAGAACGGUCUUCUCGGCAUGGGCCCGCUGCCCGCGAGCUACGCCGUCGACGCUGACAUCAUCAACGCCGGCAAGGAGACGGUGACCAUGGUGCCUGGCGCCUCGGUGUUUGGCUCUGACGAGUCGUUCGCGAUGAUCCGCGGCGGGCACGUCAACGUCUCGGUGCUGGGUGCGAUGGAGGUGUCGGCUGCCGGUGACCUCGCCAACUGGAUCAUCCCUGGCAAGCUCGUCAAGGGCAUGGGAGGCGCGAUGGACCUCGUGUCGUCGCCCGACCAGACCAAGAUUAUCGUCUGCACCGACCACACGGACAAGCACGGAAAGCCCAAGAUUGUGCAGGAGUGCUCGCUGCCGCUUACGGGCGCGCGCUGUGUGAGCAUGAUCAUCACCGACCUCUGCGUGUUCGAGGUCGACCGCGCUGCCGGCAAGCUCACUCUGACUGAGCUCAUGCCGGGGGCUACCGUCGAGGAGGUCAAGGCCAAGACGGGCGCGACCUUUGACGUCGCUCCGGGCAUCAAGGAGGUUUCGAUCUAGUGUACUGGGUUUGUAAUAGUAGCAUGGCUUAGAGCAUGUAUCGGUUGAAGACGUG